GAAAUUUUUUUCAAUGACCACGCACGCCUGAAUUCUUUCGCAGGGUUGUAUCCAGAAAAACACCAGAAAGCCACCGUGUCGUAUCGUUUAGAAACCAAUGAGAAUCUAAUGAAGGUGGGGCUUGCCAAGGAAAUCUCCACCUACUCUUGAAAUACUCUAUUUCUCUUCUCUCCUGCGUGCCUGCAGGCUGGCUCCCUUCGUAAAAGGAAGAACGAGAGAGCAAAAUAAGAGGCGAUAGAGAGGGACAUAGAGGCGAGAAGAGAAACACAAGAGGGAGGAAAGAACGAAGAGGAGAGACAAAUGAAGAGGCUGAGGAGGAUCCUCAAGUACGUUUUAACUCGGCCAAGUCAGUUGGCAUCUCGCCGCAUCAACUAAUACGAUGGCUUCGUUUCACGGUAUACGAAACGAUCUUCCGACAAAAUCGAUCGACCAGUUGUGAUUUACGCGCGUUUCGGAUGUUACCAACAUUUGAACUUGAACGGAGCCAAUUGAUCGAACAUGUUUUAACAAUACAGUGCGUGCUCGAUGCAUAUGUAUAUACAUAUAUAUAUAUAUAUAUUUAUACAUGUACAUUUGUAAUUUUGUUCGUAUGUAAGACAAUCCUUUGGAGGACAACGUCCUUGAAAAUAAAUCUUAUUUACAACUGGCCUGUUAAAACGUAAACUUCUUCACGUAGAGUGCCUGUUAAAGAUCUUGUUGGACGGUAUCGCCAUUUUGUACAAAUCACGUUUAUAUCGGCGAAGAUAUUUUGGAAACGAUAGAAAUAGAAUAGUCAUUUGCAACUCGUGAGAAAAUCGUAAAGCAACGAUUGAUUUAUGGAAGCUAUAAAGAAAUAUAUACUCGUCGACAAAGAAAAUGACGAAACGUUACAUGCUGUUAGCAUAAAGAAUCGAUUUAAAGUAGGUAAACGCCGAUCCUACGAGAGAAAAUUGAUGCUCGUAUAAUAUACGAUAAUUGAGCCAAUACGGUUCUUUUUUUAUCUUAUCUAUUUUACACAUUCUUGGUUAACGUUCGAAAAAAGAAAGAGACAUUUACUUUUAACCAAGUUAAACCUUUCUCGCAAGAUCUAUAAAAAGUGAGACGAAUUAUAACCUUGAUUCUAGUCGUGGAUUAUAAACUAGAUGCGAUAAAAAUCACAUUGAACGUGUAAAAAUAUCAGAUUCUUCGAUAAUCUAAUUGAAAUAUUCGAAAUGGUGAAACUGUUAAACAAUUCAAAUUAAAAAAUCAAAUAUUAUAAUUUUUUAAAAAAAUGUACAUAUAAAAUGUUUCCCGAAUAACUUCAAACACGUUGAGCAGCAUUCGAUCAACACGUGGCGUAAAAUUUGAAUUACUACGAGUCAUUUGUGCCAGAGUAAGAAAUGUCAUCUUACGAUUUAUUAAAUAACUCGAUUAUUACAUCGCGUAUUUACCUCGAUAUCUCAAAGUGAUCGAGAAUAAUUACUUCAAGAAAUAAAUAAUAAAAAUUAAAAUUUGUUCGUUGCCACUCGAUUAAAGAGAUUCAUCGUUCAAAACGGGACAAUGUUGUGUGGAAAUUCGGAACAAGUAGAGAACAACAGCGUAAUAGUUUCGCAGAUUACGAAUCCUCAUACACCACAAGAUUUCACGGUCUCACGGUUAUUAUCGACGCCGACUAACUCCUUAGAAUGUAAUGAAACUUCUACUUCGGCAUCUGCAUGCAGAAGACCGAGAAGAAGUAGGACGACAUUCUCGGCAGAACAAUUAGCCGCUUUGGAAAGGGUGUUCGAAAGGACGCAUUAUCCAGACGCUUUUGUUCGAGAGGAACUUGCAACACGUGUCUCUUUAUCGGAGGCCAGAGUACAGGUAUGGUUUCAAAAUAGACGGGCCAAGUUUCGUCGGAACGAAAGAAGUUCUGCUAUUAAUCGAGGCGUCUCUACCAACAGAGAGGUAGAAACUACUUUACCUUUACGACCUAUCAGAAUAACGCAUACGCAGGAAAAUAAUUCGGAGAUUUUGCAAACCCCUCAAGUGACCCAAUAUCCCUAUAGCGAGUAUUGGAGAUCGUCGCAGCAUUACACCUCUAUGCAAACAUCUACUUGCCAUGGAUUUAUAAAUAGUAAUUUAGGAAAUGUUAAUCUUCCUCCGUAUCAUCAGGCAGAAAUUCACGGAGGAUCCACGAUGAGCAAUUUAAAUGCAUUACGAUUCAGGACGCAUCCAUACGGAACUUCAUAUUCUCCCAUGCACGCAAGCAUGUAAUCUCUCUCUCUCUCUCUCUCUCUCUCUCUCUCUCUCUCUCUCUCUUUCUCUCUCAAUUUCAUUUUCUAAUUUGCAAAUUUCAAGUAUCAUCAAUUUAUAAAAAUACCAAAGUUUUUACCAAUAUUGUAAUUGUAAGUUAAUAUAAAAAAAAAAAUAUUGGGAAAUAUUAUUAUGCAAAAGGACCAAUAGAUCAAACACGAAUGCAUAAAACUAGGAUUUAAGCAAUAAAAAUACAGGGUAAUGGAAAUAACUCGAAAUGUUAUUUUGUAGAACUGAAAUAGUUAAUAAAUAAUAAAAAUCGUAAA